ACUUGUUUUAAACCUAUAUAUAAAAAAAAGUGACAAAUUUGCAUGAAGUAACCAUUCAAUUGACUUAAUUAGAAGACAUUGACUUGUCUUAUAAAAAAUAUUUCGUCCGUUCUAUAAUAUAGUUCUCGUUUUUCAUUUUUGGACAACCAAAAUGUUAUUUUAUUUCUAUUUUUAAAUAAUACUCCGUAUAUAUAGACCAUUAUAUCCUCAUUUUUUUAAUUUUAGAAUACCCUUCCUCACUUUUUAAUUUACUCUUAAAUUUUACACAUUUCAUGUUACUUCCUCACUCUGACUUUUGACUAUGAAGUAUACUUUUUACCUUAAUAAAGAAUACAACCAACAAUUCCGGCGGACCACUUAACUGGUUUUCUAAAUGGAAGGCAACAACUCAAUUUCCGGCGACUCACACGGCGGCGAUUCAACCUCACGCGCCAAACGACUCAAACCAACUCGUGAUCGACUCAGCGAUUUACCCGAUUUAGCACUCACUCACAUUCUCUCUCACUUGUACAUCGAAGAAGCAGCAAGAACUGCCAUUUUAUCGAAACGUUUCAACUCAAUCUGGAACUCAGUUCCCGUACUCAAUUUUUCCGACGAGAAUGCCGGCAAAGUUGGUGAAUUCUUCAUCAGUUUUGUUGAUAUUGCACUUAAGCUGCAUCGUCGCCGGGAAAUCGAGAGAUUUUCCGUCCAAUUUGGGUAUGAUUUCAUGUUUUCCAGCCCUGUUGAUGAUUGGAUUGAAUUUGCUGUUAAAAAGCAGGUUAAAUUUCUGUAUUUGGAUUUAAUUGAGAAGUGUGGUAAAAAUCGGGUUCGAUUUCCGAUUAUUGAGUAUAAAUUGCCAGAAUUUCUGUACAAUAAUCAGAAUUUGGUUGAAUUGGUUACUAAUGCUUGUAAAUUUUCUACUGUGUGGUUGAUUAAUUGGAGUUCAUUGAAGUUAUUGAGUGUAACGAGAACAAAGGUGGAUGAGGAAUUGAUUUCUAGGGUUUUGAGUGGGUGUCCUGUGUUGGAGACAUUGGAAUUGAGGGAGUGGAUUGGUUUUGAUAAGCUGAAGAUUGAAUCAGGUAGUUUGAGGGUGUUGAAAAUUGUUGAGGAGAAACAACCGAGUUAUUUUGUACACCCCGAAGAUAAUUGCUUCUUGGAGGUUUCGGGUCCGAAUCUUGUGUCCUUGGAAGUUUCGGGUUCUUUGUAUAGGACUAAACUUCGGUUGACUGAUGUAGGGUGUUUGUCUAAUGCUACGAUGAAUUUCGAGAUUAUGCCUCAGAACCAUGGUCCUAAAAAUUCUCGGUAUGUUGUGAGGGAUCAAGAUAUUAUAAGGGAAGUUCUUGGGAGUCUUUGCUUUGUAAAGGCAUUGACGAUUGGUGCAUUAAGGUAUCAUCCUUUCUGUCAUGCUUCUCUUAGCAUUAUUGGUAGAUGUUUAGAUGUUUUCAUAGCUUCAAACCAUUUAUGUUUAAGUAGUAUUGAUUCUACUAGUAGGAAAUAUUUCUGUAUCAAUAUUUUUUUGGGUGCUGCUGUAUCUACAUGUGAGGCUUACAACCUAUCAUUUCCUUGGUCCGAACGACGAAGUUUAACUCUGUGCAUACCUAUGCUCCAAUGGGAUCAUUUUGGAGUAGCAAGCCUACUACACAGUUCUCCUUGUUUGGAGACUUUAGCCAUCAGACUCUCUUAUUGUUCUGAUACGUGUGCUUUGGAGCAUCCCUUUUCCAACAAUUGUGACGAGGGAUACUAUUGGAAGUCAUGGAGUACGAUUUCCAAAUGUCCCCUUCAUCAUCUUAAGACAGUCAAGGUCAUUGGUUUCCUUGAAUCAUGCACAUCAAUGAAGCCCCUGUUUCAGUUUCUGGAGUUUUUGCUUCGAAACUCUAGUGCUCUUCUAGAGAUUGUUAUUCAAGCGUCAAGAUAUGUGACACAGGGGACAAUAGAUGAGGCUUUAAAGCUUCUUGAUGUUCCUACAGCCUCCCCCGAUGUGGUAGUGCAAUACGAACCCUCUCAUCUCUGGGUGGAUCCCUUCAACGUGCACCAAAAGUCAGCUCUUGUAUGAUUCAGUUGCCCUAAAGACGUGGAAUCUGGCAUGUUAAUUUAGAACUUAAAAGUGUAUUUAUAUUAGGCUUCAUAAAUUAAUCGUCAACAACUUUUUAGAAUAUCCUUGCCUAGCUUAACUUCUAUUGUAUUUUUAGUAGAAAAUCUAGCUCAUAGCUUUUUUUCAAUGUAAAGCAUGGAAGAGCAUUACUACGUUGUCUAAAUGGAACAUAUAGUUGGUAUGAGCAACUAGGUACUCUUUCUAGUAGAAAAUCUAGCUCAUAGCUUUUUUUUUUUUUAAUUCAUAUCAGGACCAGGCAGCCGGGUUUUUACCAGUCCAAGGCUAACAGGGCUAACUACUGAACAGUGGCACUGGGUAUUCUCUCUACCCCCUCCUAACACGCGCACACUAAACCCUCUCACUCAGCUCUCGCUGUGUCACUGUUAAACAUUGUCAUCAAUCGUUCGUUCUAACAG